AUGCGUUUACUCUUUUACCUUUUACCAGCUCUGCUGCCUGCCUUGGCAGCACCCACAGGCUCAACGGAUGACGGGGAUGAUUGCGACUUGUCUGAUGAGACCGAAAAGCUGAACAUUAACGAGGUUAAUGACGGACCCACGGACGAUGGUUCCGCAGGUAUCGGAGUCGAGUUCGAGAGUCCGUGGUUCUAUUUCAAGAGUGAUGGUUGCAGUGCAGAUGAUACAAAUGCAGCGAAGAAAGAGCUCGUAGCCGGGCGCAAAGGCGACAACUGGAUGUUGACGGCAGACACGGGAGCAGGCACCUCAAAACUCCAGGCAGAGUACAUUGUGGACGGCCGGAAAGUCAAGGUUGGCAAGGGCACAGCCCAAACCGCCGGUAAGGAGAUUGCAGAGGAUCUGCGUAAAUGGUCACCAUGGACAGGACGAAAGGGCGGGAAGAAAGUCUAUUUGACAGUUGCGAACAACAAAUGCAAUCCAUGGUAUAUCGAUUCGCCAGGCCCUGAUGACGACGCCGACAAUGUGCCCUGGGAACCUCAGGUCACUGCGCCAAUGCCACUCGAGGCAGUCUACUAUCUGAUGAAACUCCAACAGGCGGCUUUGGACAAGAACACCGCUUCAACAAAUGUUCUUACCGGGUCUCCAGUUCGCUUUGCAGAUGACUUCGUCCUAGUCACAAAGCAAUAUUUUACCUCAAAGCCAAACGGUAUCGACCCAAACACUAUUACCGAUGAUGUGCUUGCAUUCUGCUCCUUGGUCUUGACAUACGCCAAGAACGCCAAAUACAAAAUGUCAGGAGAUCAGAGUCCUAAGUUCUUCACAUCUUUCAUGCCGCGAAAUGACUUUACUACACUAUAUAACGUCGUGCAAGAUAAGCUCAAGGGCGAUCUUUGGGAUCUCGUCAAUACUCUUGCUUGCUACAAGAGAAAAGUUACAAAGGAAAACAAGAUUGUGACUAAAUCGGGCCUAGUUCUUGACAAGGAAUUCUGUUCCGGAACGCUCGCUAAGCCAGUUCCAGGCAGCAAGUUGAGUGGACUGCAGUACGAGAACGCCAAUGCCAACGUGGAGGCAGGAAAAACAAUGAGCAUCAAAAGCUGGGUCGAAAACAUGAAGACGAAUGACUUACUCCGUCAGUUUGAUCAAUACAUUGAUGGCUCCCUCGGAGGUCUUGGGACCCGGAUGGAAACAAUGUAUAAUUCGGAUCGCAAAGCGCCACUGUUCGAAUUUCGGGAUAUUCCGGAUAAAAAGACGUCGGAGAUCGAGCAAUACAUGGCGGAUGUCGACAAAGAGAUCCAAACGCUUCAUGAUAAGUACAAGAGCGCACCCGCCAGUUGA